AUGUUGAGCAGCUCCAUCAUUACGCUUGACGCUUUAUCAAUGACAAUCGAAAGUGUACAAAGGCUUAACUCACGGAAAACUAAACCAAAUCAAGCCUCCACACAAAAAUGUGUCUCAUUAGAACUCGACUUCAACACUCAUAAAUUAUCUAAAGCUUUUCUGUCACCAAACGACAGCAAAUGCGAAACUAAUCAAUCAAUAUUAAGUUCUUAUCAUCAUUCAAAGCCAUCCCACAACGAAUAA